AUGAGGUUAUCAAACCUUGGAACCAUUCUAUUUGCCGCUGUGUGCCUUCAUGUUUCACAAGGACUACUUUACGGUUUGGCUCCGGAAUCCUUCCUAAACAAGAUCCAGCGAGCGAAAUAUCUGCAAGAGCAACAGCAACAACUGAAAAGAUUACAUGACGCAGCAGAACAACAAAUGUAUUUCCAACUACUUCAAAGCCUAAACAGUCAGGGCUCUUCCAACGAAGAUGAGAUUAAAAGCACAUCAUUGACAUCGCCUCGCGUGUCCGGCCAGGAACUCAAGACCUCCUCAAAUCUGCUGGCAGCCAUUCGCAGCUCCUUGAUCAGUCCCAGCCCGUCUUUCAAGUACAGUUUUAUCGGAAAAUAG